AUGGGACGUCUAAACGUUUUAUGGGACCCGAAUCAAGAGAUAACAUACUGUUACUCUCCACAAUACAUAUGUCAUCAAUUGAAGGAUGUUUGCUUGUGCGGGGAGCUUUGCUGCAUCAGGAAUAGAGAACUGUUCCCGUUCAUUACAAAGAAAAAUAUUCACGAGUUCUACAAAACACUCUACAACUAUUUACAUGAAGAGUACAUCAAGAAUAUUACCCCUUAA